CCGGAAGUGCAGCGGCGGCGCAGCGGGGCCGGCGGCGAGCGGCACCUCCUCYCAUAUUCAUCACUAAAAUGGCAAAAACAGCUGAUGCUUCUGAGAAACUGGUCAUCAUCCACUCCAAAGCUCACAAAGAUACCAUUCUAGCUAAUUUUGAGGAGCAAAGAAAAAAGGAUUUUCUCUGUGACAUUACUCUGAUAGUGGAGAAUGUGCAUUUCAGAGCYCAUAAAGCUUUGCUGGCUGCCAGCAGCGAAUACUUCUCAAUGAUGUUUGUAAAUGAAGGUGAAAUAGGGCAGUCAAUUUACAUGUUGGAGGGAAUGGUUGCAGACACCUUUGGAGUUCUGCUAGAAUUUAUCUAUACUGGUUGCCUCUGUGCYAGUGAGAAAAGCACAGAACAAAUCCUGGCUACUGCACAGCUGCUGAAAGUGACUGACUUGGUAUGGGCCUGUACAGACUACCUGGGAAGCCGCAGCCCAGGUAGCAUGUUGCCAGCUCCAGCUGACAGUGGAGCCUGUGUUGUUGCARGUGACAAGAAAAAUGAUGAUCCACCAAAGCGGAAAAGGGGACGACCAAGGAAAAUCAAGGUCAUCCAAGAGGAAGAAGAAGAAUCAGGAGCRAAUUCUGCUGAAGAUGGGCAGCUGAGAGAGAACAACUCCAUGCAAAAUAAGCAAAAUUUUAUUAAAAAUGACACUGCUGUAGAAGAAACAGUUGCUAGUGAACAGGCUUUCAUGAGGAAGAAUGWAGAAGAAACGGAACCUGCUUGUGGCUCAGAGGCUCCUGUUGAUCUGUCAACUGAGAAAGAUGAAAACUACGAUCCCAAGUCUGAAGGAAUACAGAGCACUCAGAGCCGUUACAGCAAACGGAGAAUAAGGAGAUCAAUCAAACUAAAAGAUUAUAAACUUCUUGGGGAUGAGGAUGAGAAAGGACUGGCAAAGAGAACUGAUGGGAAAAAAAAACGUGCGGGUUCUGAAGCUCGCUGUAAAGACUGUGGCAAAGUAUUUAAAUAUAAUCACUUCUUGGCUAUUCACCAGCGAAGYCAUACAGGGGAGCGCCCUUUUAAGUGCAGUGAGUGUGGGAAAGGUUUUUCCCAGAAACAUUCUCUUCAAGUUCAUGAGAGAAUGCACACCGGGGAACGGCCCUACACAUGCACUGUCUGCAGUAAGGCUCUGACAACAAAGCAUUCUCUUCUGGAGCACAUGAGCCUKCAUUCAGGGCAGAAGGCUUUUACAUGCGAUCAGUGUGGGAAAUUCUUCAGCCAAAAGAGACAGCUCAAGAGCCACUAUCGAGUACACACAGGCCGUUCACUGCCGGAAUGUACCCAGUGUCGUCGCAAAUUCAUGGAUGCAGCUCAGCUAAAGAAGCACCUAAGAACACAUACAGGUGAGAAGCCCUUCACUUGUGAGAUUUGUGGCAAAUCAUUUACAGCUAAAAGUUCGCUUCAGACUCACAUUAGAAUUCACAGAGGAGAAAAGCCAUAUUCUUGUGGUAUAUGUGGAAAAUCCUUCUCUGAUUCCAGUGCUAAGAGAAGACACUGUAUCUUACACACAGGCAAAAAACCUUUCUCGUGCCCAGAAUGCAGUUUGCAGUUUGCUCGUCUGGACAAUCUGAAGUCUCAUUUGAAAAUUCACAGCAAGGAAAAGCAGUUCCAGGAAGYCAGCUCUGCUCCGAGCACCAACCCGCAUCCGGAAGAAGUGAGAAAYAUUCUCCAGCUGCAGCAGUACCAGCUUGCCACCUCCGGAGGGCAGGAAAUUCAGCUGCUGGUUACGGAUGCAGUGCACAACAUCAACUUCAUGCCCAGCCACAAUCAAGGCAUUAGUAUUGUGACUGCAGAAAAUGCCCCCAGCAUGACGACAGAGCAGGCUGCGAACCUCACACUGCUUGCACAGCCACCACAGCAGCUGCAAAACUUACUGCUUUCAGCUCAGCAGGAGCAGGCAGAACAAAUCCAAARUAUCAAUAUGAUUGCAAACCAAAUAGAGGCUGCCCAGCCUGAACAAAUGCAUGUCAUCACUCUUUCCAAGGAAGCACUAGAACAUCUCCAUGCUCAUCAAGGACAAAAUGAACAAAUCCACUUAGCAGGACCUUCGCAUCCAGCUCAGCACGUGCAGCUGGCUCAGGAAUCAAGUCAGCAGUCUCAGUCUAGCCAAGAUAGAGUUCCUUCCCAUCAAGUCAGUGAAGAACAGAAUCGAAGUGUACAGGUUUCUGAAUCCCAUCAGCAGCCUCUGUCAGUAAAUGAGUCAUCUCAUGAGCAUCCUAUCCAAGGACAGGCUUUCUGAAAUGCUUGUUUGUCAGCAGAGGGCUGGGCSAGACAAUGCUUCUCAUCCAAGCAGGACAUGUGUGACAUGUCACACUGGGGUUUUUUUUUGCAACAUAAGCUAUCUGAAGAUGCAUUUCUUGGUGAUUUUAGAUGGGUGACUCAGUAUUCUUAACCUUAUUUAUUUUAGAGUAUUUUGUUUUUCCGGAUUAGUAUUUCUUUACCACUUAGUCCAUACCUCACAACCAAUUAAUGUGGGGUUUUGUGCCUCAUACACAUCUCUGCCUACUGAGGAGAUAUGUAGCCCUUCUAUGCAUUUCUGUGUGACUCUCUGGAGAAGUGCACCUUGCUGGUAGGAGAACAAUGUUUACGACAUCUGCUGAUCAGAAAGUACCACUUCUCUGACAAACUUAACAUUACCAGAGCUACUGUUAAGAUUAAGACAACCAGUACUUUUUGCAAAGCUAACACCACAUGUCUUAUGUUUAAUGAGCUUUCUCUCUGCAGGUUAAUAUAUAAUUCUCUAUGUAAUCAUUCCCUGAAGUGCAUUAUGAGUUACUGACUACCAAAUUUAUUUGGUUUGGGUUGAAACUGUUGCAGUCGUUAACCGGCUCUGAAUCUUCCCUUCUGUUUACUGUGUGCUAUACAAUUGCUCCUCAGAAAUGUUUAAGCCAUUGCACUUGAAUAGUGGCAGUGAGAUGUGGUGGUUACACUGGAGAACUGAAACCCCCAAAUUCUGCUCUGUUAGUUCUACCACUCACUCUCUGUGUGAGUGUGGGCAAGGUAGUUGACUUCUGUGCCUUAUUUCAUCAUCUAGAAAGUGGGGAUAGUGUUCACCCACUCUGCCAAGCACUUUGAAGAGCUCUCGAUGUUGAAGGCACUGUCUAUUGAAGUGCAGAACUCUCUUCCUGACAGGAUUCUGUCAAAGCUUAGGAGCUACUGUAUAUUUAAAGAGUUAUUUUUUGUACUUUUGAGAGAAGAAUGUAAUCUUAGUUUAAUAUAUGUUAGACUGGUAAUUGUUUAUGUGAGGACUUAAAGGAUGAAGAGCCACUGCAGAGCAUAGUGUGUUACAUAAAUGAGGCACAUCACUUAAAGUUGUACAACUAUUUUUGUUGACUAAAUUAGAUGUGUGUAGAUUGUUUUCAAUAACUGACUGUUAACAAAAAGGAUUUGAUAUUGUAAUAAAAUGCCAAAAUACAUGCUUUGUGUUUUCAGGUUUAACUACUAGUAACACUUUGCUUGGUUGGAGUGGUGUGUUAAAAUCCAGAUAAAAUGCCACUGUUACGUAAAAGAAUAUGCUUAACUGUCAUAUCAGCUUUAAAAUGUCAUACUUGUGAUUUACAUUGAUGUUUUAUGUUACAACAAAUGAAAAAUCUAAAAAAAUGGUAAAUUUAAAAGCAAAAUUAUCCACAUUUUUUAUAAUAUCCUUUGUUCCAUGUCCAGACCUCAUUGGCCCACUCUUGACUGCAUGCUGCAGAAGUUUGACUAAGUAUCUCUAUUUUUUCAAAGUACUGGAUCUCUUUUAUAUAAAUGGAUUAUGAUAAGGGUGGACAGUGGGAAUGAAUCAAUGGAAAAAAAAAAACAAAAAAACCAAAAAGCAACAAGCCAUCCCACAGCAAAGAUCUGUUCAGGCUUUUCACCUUCCCUCUCAGAAUAGAGAAAUAAAAUUUGCAUACUUUCUGCCACGAAAGUGAACCAGCAUAUUCUGCAGUUCUGCCUGAGAAGCUUGAAGUCUUAUGCUGUAAGAGCAGAUAAACAAAUCAGUAAAGCCUGUUACAACAGUUAAGACAAUCUUGCUGAAUAAUUGUAUAAGCUUACAGUAAGCAUUCUGGCAGUUUCAUCCUAAAAYUGCUUUUAUCUAGAACACUUUACAGUACAGCCAGACUACUGUCUGGUCAGAAAUUUACAGGAACUUGCACUGUAUUCAUUCUCUGCCAUAUAUUUGGGAAUCCUGAAAUGCUUAAAAAUGGGUUACAAGRUAAAUUCUAAGGCUACCAGUAAAGUAACUGUUCAAUACUUCCCUUUUUUGAAUUAUAUUUUGUUUAUCAUGCAGAUWAAAAAAAAAAAUCCUGCAGUUAUCCUUGCAGGAUUCAGUUCCAUGUUACAAUUACCCAAGACACUGUCACAUAAUGCUUUCUCAAUGAUUUCCCUAUAACUAAAAAACCUGAAGUUUUGUGUUCGGAAUUGUGUUAUGCUCUUCUGCAAAUUAGCAGUGAGGAAACAAGCUGCUGUGAAUAGCACGGCAAUGACUAAUCUUGCACCCUGCAUUGCUUAAGCUGUCAGCACAUAUUGUAGCUUGCACUCAAGAAGCUGGCGUGCCUUCUCAUACCACAAAUGUUGCUUUUUGGACACCAUUUGCUUCCUCUCUAGUGAAUGCAUUUCUGUUAAAAGAUGAAAUUGAAUCUGUUUUCUGUGUGUGCAUUUUAAGGCUACAGCUGAAGUCUAGGAUUGCUUUGAAUUUUAAAGGAAACUCCUUCAAACAAAGCUUUGUUUUUCUGUCCAGCUGCCGCUAAGAAUUAUUUAGGAAAAAAAAAUGCAUCCCUUAAAAACUACGUUUCAGAACAGCUCUGUCAGCCAGUAAACACCUUAACUUCUUUUUUUCUCUCAUAGACUAAUCCUAGCAAAUCCGUCUCACUGCUUACUAUGUUAAAAUGAGAUUAAGGUUUUAGACAUAAAUGCAGGGCAGUAAGAGGACUAUAGAAAGAUCCGGUUUUGUGAGCAUUUAACACCAUUGUGUGUUUCCUCUGCUUCAUUCGUAAGUUACCCAGUGUAGUUAAACUCUAAUAGGAUUUCACUUUUUUUUUUUUUUUCCCCAAAAUGCAAGUUUAUCAGAUUUUGGCUUUUUUGGAAGAUUUUGGUUGGCUCUCCAGGUGCAAGUUGAAAUAAAUCCCUGACAGGUAAAGCAAACACACUCUGAAGCCUGUAUUUGCCUAUUGUGUAUUUCCCCUACCUGGCCUUCCAGUCCAGCAACUUGUUUUUUCAUAGAUGAAUAUCAGAGUAUUUAUUUCAUAUGGGUUGUGAAAGCAAAUGAUCCUACCAGUAGGAAAAGAUUCAUCUYAACAGGUGUAACUUUUCAAGGUUUUUUUAAACACUUGGUUUAUGCUCUCUCUUCUGCUCAGGRGGACUAAAGAAAGCACUACUAGGGGUUGUACAGCAAUUACCUUUUAGCAUCUAAGAGCAAAAGGAGAUGACUCCUAUCUCCUCACAACCUCUGUCCCACUGAAUGCCUAUUCACAAGUUAAAAUCAAGGCUAUUGAGCCUGGCAUUGAUCUUGCCAGUUGUUAAGGAAGAGUUUUGUUUGCAUCUCUUUGUUUAUGAAAGACUCAUUUUACUAUUGUAGGUGGUUAGUAAUCAUGGUGAAGGUCAUGGCUGGUGUUUGCUAGUACCUAUCCUGGUGUGCUUGGAUGUGCGUUUUUCAGUCUUUCCCCACUUCACCUCAACUGAAAGCUAUUAUGGGAGUCAUUCCUGAUCACCAACCAACCCAGUGCCUGUGUGAGCACAGCAGCCUGGUACAUUUCCUAGCUGCACAUGUGUUCCAACUCUGCUGUAGACUCUGACAGUAUCCUGUGUUUAAGUGUCCUUAUCCAGGAGAAGCUGAGUGAGUUGGGAGUGGCUGGGAGGAGGCCGGUUUGCAAAGCAGGUGUGCCCUGGAGUAUGGGAGCAGUCAAGGGUGCUUCCUGGGUACGCUUAUCUCCACAUGGUCAAAAGUCCAUCUAUGCAGGCUUUUUCCCAGUCCUUCCGCACUGCAGGUUCUCUCCAAGAACAAAGAAUAGGUAAUGCCAUACUCUCCAGAGCUAUGAUUUCRUGACCUCUUUAUCUUUCUAUUCAUUGGAGACUAAUUAAAGAGUCUGCCUCUUGCAGAGUUGCAGUCCUGUGAACUACCACAGUUCUCUAUGUUCUAUCCCUUUUCAGAUCCUCUAUAAAACAUGGUAACAAUAAAUGGUUUUCCACAACAGAGGGACUACUGAUCAUAUCUGUCCUAAGCAAKUCUUCCAAAUGGAAAAACCCAUCCAGGCAUAUUCUCAGCAUYGCACUGUGGUAUGCUCACUGCUCAUUUCUAGCUAAUAAUUUAACCCUGCCUGAUUGAAAGUAUCUUUGGAACAGCAGGAAGCAGAGUUUUGCUUUAGUUAGCAAACUUCCUACCCUGUCCUGCAAAUUUUUCUGACAUGAGGAAGAAUUUCUUUCCUGYGUGAAUGACCGAGUACUGGAAGACAUUGACAGAGAAGCUGUGGAGUCUCYCUCACUGGAGACAUUCCAGAACUGUCUGAAUGCAAUCCUGUACCAUGUGCUCUGGGAUGRCUCYGCCUGAGCAGGGAGGUUGGACUAGAUGACCCUSUGUGGUCCCUUCCAGUCUGACCCAUCCUGUGAUUUUACRUGCCUUUUACCAAGAUGUCUCCAUCUGGGUGACSUCUA